GAAAUACUAAUAAUUUUAAUGCAUUUACAAUUUAAAGAAUGGAGAGUCAAAAUGCCCCCGUCCAUCCAAAGCCGUCAUUAUGUCCUGAGCCUGGAAGCGGGAGUGUUUUCAGGGGGAUUUGUGAAAAGGCCAGCGCCGAGCAUCGGUGGGCGGACUAAAGCGGCCGUUUUUCAGCAUGGCCUGAUAAGCAUAAUAGCGAUGUUUGAAGGCAAGUUGUUGCAGUGUGCCCGCAUGCCUGUGGCAGGAGGAUGGUCGCCAUCUCUGGGUAAACACUGUAACCGAAUCACGCGGCGUGUGUGGAGGGAAUCCGGAGCGCGCGCGCAUCAGCAGCAGCAGCAGCAGAAGGCGGGGGCUGCGCCGCCGCCUGCAGCCACAGCAGACGCACUGGCUUCAGCGCAGGACCUACGCUCGGUUUGCAUCCUGGACUGUCACUUGUGCGCUGCCUCCGCGGAGCCCCGUCUCUCUGACGUUUCUCUCUGGGUUCUGAGACUCAUCGCCUCGAAGGAAAAGGGGAUUUUAAUGGUGGAAGCGGAGCCUCCAGCAGCAGCCUGCGCACAGCCGGGGGACUGCAGCGCGGUCGGUAAUGUAAGGAAUAAAACGGUGUCGCCGAAAGUGCACAACAUCUCGUUUCCAUGGACAACACGUCCAUAAUAACACAGGUUGCAAAUCCGAAAGAGGAGGAGAGCAUUUCUUCUUGUCCGGAUAAAGUCUCGCAGUCCAACAGCAGCUUAAAGAAGCACCGGAGUCGAAGCAUUUUCAGCCCUUUCUUCUGCUGCUUCCGCAACUACAAUGACUGCCAUGUGGAGCCACCAUCCACCAACAACAAGACACUUUCUUUGCCCCCACCGCCAGAAGAGAAUGGCAGCCCUCCCAAGUGUGAUCACAUCCAGACCAUCCCUAUAACCUGCCCUCCAGACAAGUUCCUGCUGCCAGAGGUUAGUAUAGCAGACUAUGACAAGAACUGCGUGGUGAUCGACUUGGAUGAAACCCUCGUACACAGUUCCUUUAAGCCCAUCAGCAAUGCAGAUUUUAUCGUUCCAGUGGAAAUUGAUGGCACUGUUCAUCAGGUGUACGUGCUGAAGAGGCCUCAUGUGGACGAAUUUCUCCAGAAGAUGGGGGAGUUAUUUGAGUGUGUCCUCUUCACAGCCAGUUUAGCCAAGUAUGCCGAUCCGGUGGCAGACCUUCUCGACCAGUGGGGGGUGUUCCGUGCUCGACUCUUCAGGGAAUCUUGUGUUUUCCACAGAGGGAACUACGUGAAGGACCUCAGCCGGCUGGGCCGUAAGCUGAGUAAAGUCAUCAUAGUGGACAACUCACCUGCCUCCUACAUUUUUCACCCCGAGAAUGCAGUCCCAGUGCAGUCCUGGUUUGAUGACAUGACAGACACAGAGCUGCUGGACCUGAUCCCUCUGUUCGAGGGUCUUAGUAAAGAGGAGGACGUUUAUUGCCCCUUGCAGAGCUUGAGGAACAGGUAGCAGAUGGCACCUCCAGCAGGUCCCUCCCCUCUGGGCCCCGCAGUCCGGCCUCGUCCCCUGGUUUCAGACCGACGACCUGGUCAGCAGGAAGACUAAACACUGACCUGGCUGGAUCUUUGGAUUUCUUUGUACAGGACUCCUACUGAAGAAAGAUUAUAUUACUGUAUGUAAAUACUAAAUGUUUCUAAAAAUAAAACACACAUAAAUUAGUUUUUCUAUCAAAGAGAAGCAGUUUUAAUAUUCUAUCAAGUAAUAUUUUAGUUACCAAAAACAAGAUGGAGGAAACAAAACAAAGCUGUUUCUCAUAAAUGAAUGACUUUUAUUGUUUGGUGUUCAACAGUGCCGUACAGGCUGCUGUUUCCGGUCUGAUGUUUUUGUUCAAGCAACUGUGAGUUACCUUCUCCUACGGAAUGAAGUGCCUUCAUUGCUGUGUCGAUUUUGUUUGGUGUUGGGUCAAUGGGUGCAGAUUUUUAUGCAGUGUAUUUACUCUAAACUCCUAAAAUGUAAACAUUUGAAGUUAAGUCGGAAUAUAUACAAAAGAAAAUCCUAGGAACACAUUAGACUUGAAUAUUUUGGGAUUUGCAGUAAAAGAAUUAAUAUUGCUAAAGAUGUUAGCAGUUCAGUGUGAUUUCUGUCUAAACCUAUAGAGUAUAUGAAGGAUCCUCAGAAAAUACGAGACAUGAACUUUAUUUUUUAACAAAGAAAGAAGAUUAGUAAUGACUGUCAAGUUAGAGAAUCAAUAUGAAAAGCAUUAGGUUAGAUUAUAUCAGGCUAUAUUUAUUGGGAAAAUGGGUGUUGGGUGUAAUGUAAAGAAUGCUGUUCAAAUUGUACUGUAUGACAUUAUUAAAGCUGCAAGUUUGCACACUGUC